ACCGGUCCGCCUGACCCGAGAACAUCCAGACCGGCCUAUACCAUGUCUUACCCUUUUUGACAACCUAUGUUAGGGUUUUUGUUCCUACUGGCAUAUCCUGAAGCUGUUUCAGUCUCAGUUGCAGUUGUUGUUCAAGGAAUAAAGCCAUCAUCAUGCCCACGGUGAAUGUGUCUAGAGAUCGCCUAUUUGCAGCUCUAGGGAGGACUUACACUGAAGAGGAGUUCGAUGAUCUUUGCUUCAGGUUUGGUAUUGAGCUCGAUGAUGUGACAACUGAUGAAGGAAUUAAUAGAAAAGAGAGGCAUGAAGAAGAAGGAAAAGGAAAUGAAGAUGAAGAAAUUAUUUAUAAAAUUGAAGUUCCUGCUAACAGAUAUGAUUUGCUUUGCCUUGAGGGCAUUGCUCAAGCACUCCGCAUUUUCAAUAAGCAAGAGGAGACACCAAAGUAUACCCUUGCCAACAUUAGCAAGCAAGCAAUGCUUAAGAUGCAUGUAAAACCAGAGACAUCAUCUAUUCGUCCCUAUGUUGUUUGUGCUGUUUUAAGAGAUAUGACAUUUGAUGAAGCAAGUUACAACAGCUUCAUAGAUCUUCAAGACAAACUUCACCAAAACAUUUGCAGGCGAAGAACUUUGGUUGCAAUUGGGACUCAUGACUUGGAUAUGCUACAAGGUCCUUUUACUUAUGAGGCGCUGCCUCCUCAAGACAUAAAUUUUGUGCCAUUAAAACAGGUGAAAAACUACAGAGCUGAUCAACUGAUGGAGUUUUAUCGGGAGAAUGAUUUGAAGUUGAAGAAGUUUUUGCAUAUAAUUGAGAACUCACCUGUCUUCCCUAUCUUAUAUGACAGUAGAAGAACUGUUUUAUCUCUGCCCCCAAUUAUUAAUGGCGCGCAUUCAGCUAUCACUUUAAAGACGAAGAAUGUUUUCAUUGAAUGUACGGCCACUGAUCUGACAAAGGCUAAGAUUGUUUUAAACACAAUGGUAACGAUUUUUUCUGCAUAUUGUAAAAAGAAAUUUGAGGUGGAACCAGUUGAGGUGAUAUAUCCUGAUGGGAAGUCUAAUGUCUAUCCUGACUUAUCUGUGUAUAAUAUGGAAGUUCCACUAUCGUAUAUCACUGGCUCCAUUGGAGUGUCUUUGAAGACCGAAGAGAUCACCAGCUUGUUAAAUCGGAUGCAACUACAUGCUGAGCAGUCUGUCUCAAAUGCUGAUCAAUGCACUAUCAAUGUAUCUAUACCUCCAACCAGAAGCGAUGUUCUUCACCCUUGUGAUGUUAUGGAGGAUGUUGCAAUUGCUUAUGGGUAUAAUAAUAUUCCAAAGAGAAAGUUGCCAUCAUUAAAGCCACUAGCCUUGAACCAGCUUGAGGAUCUUAUAAGAGUGGAGGUUGCAAUGAAUGGGUUUACAGAGGUUUUGACUUGGAUCUUAUGCUCUUAUCGGGAGAAUUUUGGAAUGUUAAAUAGAAAAGACGAUGGAUCAACUGCGGUCAUUGUUGGAAAUCCUCGUUCCUCUGAUUUUGAGGUUGUCCGAACCAGCCUUAUGCCUGGUGCUUUGAAAAUAGUUGGACAUAAUAAAGACCAUCCAAAGCCAAUUAAGAUUUUUGAAGUGGGUGAUAUAGCAAAGCUGGAUGAUAGUAAAGAUGUCGGUGCAGCAAAUCGUCGCCUGCUUGCAGCACUAUAUUGUGGCACGAAUUCAGGAUUUGAGUUGAUUCAUUCCUUGGUGGAUAGAGUUAUGGAAGUGAUGGGAACUCCUUUUGUACCAAUUGGUAACAAUACAGGGUAUUACAUUCAGUGUUGUGAUGCACCUGAGUUUCUUCCAGGAAGACAAGCCAGCAUCAUUUAUAAGGGGAAGCACAUUGGUAUUUUUGGUAUUGUACACCCAGAGGUGUUGAACAACUUUGACAUACCAGAUCCAUGCUCCUUCUUGGAACUAGACAUCGAGUGUUUGUUGUAGGAUUGACUCUGAUAACAAAUAGUUGAGCUCGGUGGACAUGCACAGAUAUAUAUCAGCAUUUUUUUCACACCAUGUUGCCUGGAGUACAGAAGUGAAUUUUUUUUCUGGUGUCUACCCAUUGGAAGAGAGUUUGUUGGCCAGCUUAGCCGGACUUCCUGUUUCCUUUUGCAAAUUUUAAUCCUAUUGAAUAUGCACUUUCAAUUAUAUGUAGAAUUUCAUCAAUGUAAUAUAUAGUACAAGGCUGUCUCUUUUUGGAAUAAACUGGAAAUCGACUUGUUUAGCUAAUGUUUUCUCAGAAACCCUACAGAAAUUAUUGGACAA